AUGGCCCCGGAAAGAGUUUUCAAGGUCGUUUUUGUGGGUGACUCUGGUGUCGGCAAGAGUAGCUUCAUCCAUCAGUUCUGCUGCAAUGCGUUCAAGCCUGCAUUCCAAGCCACCAUUGGCGUGGACUUCCAAGUGAAAAAUAUGAAAAUCGACAGCCACAUCAUCGCCAUUCAAGUCUGGGACACUGCGGGGCAAGAAAGAUUCCGCAGCAUCACCAAACAGUACUUCCGCAAAGCUGACGGCGUCCUAGUCAUGUAUGACGUCACUAACGAGUCGUCCUAUCGCAACAUCAGAAACUGGAUGGGCAGUGUCAAGGACGGCACGGAAGAGGGCACGGUAAUUAUGAUCGUUGGUAACAAGAUGGACCUCGUGGACGAAGGCAGCCCCCAAGUCGUAAGCGCCAAGGAUGGUCAGCGGAUUGCCGAGGUAGUCCUUCCAUCAUCAUCAUCAUCGUCGUCGUCGUCGUCAUCACCAUAA